AUGGGCGAAAUCGUCUACCGCCGUUCCCCGAACCUCUCCUGCUGCAUGUCGCCGUCGUGCGUCCCCGUUCACGAUGACUACGCCCGCAUUCACGCAACCCCCAAGGGGCAUCGCGCCCGGAGCCUGCGGAAGCUCCUGCGGAAGAUAGUCACCGAGAGCAGGAACAUUUACCGGCCGCCGAAGCCAAUCACCUUCAAAUACGACGCCGUAAGCUACUCACAGAACUUCGACGAGGGGUGCCAUCGAGAUGAAGAAUUUGCCCCUUGGCGUCGCCAAGUAGUGCUUCGGGAUUUGAAGGUGUCCACAGCAGCACCUUGUGUACAUAACUAA